UGCCUUUAUCUGACACCCAAUGCACGCUUCCAAGUCCCUGAAUUCACUAUAUAACACCACCCCACUCACUCAGAUUAUUGCAAAGCAAAACAUGAAGAGGAAAUCAUCACUUUCACUUGGGCUAUUCUUCUUGCUCCUCAUUGCCUUUGCUUCUCGGGUCGUGCAAACAGAGGCUAGGGUGUGUCAAUCACAGAGCCACAGGUUCAGGGGUGGAUGCUGGGGUGACCACAACUGUGCGCUAGUAUGCAGGAACGAAGGUUUCUCCGGCGGCAGAUGCCGUGGCUUCCGCCGCCGCUGCUUCUGCACCAGGCUUUGUAACUGAAACCACAACUAGUUACACUGUUUUUAUGGAAUCAGAGACGAACUAAAUAAAUUGUACUUCUCAUUCCUCAACUCAACCAUCUGAGUCUGAUUCAUCAUGUUUAAUUUCCAGUGUGCUAUUUAAUGAAAUAUAUGAUCAACGUGCAAUCUGUCCCA